ACAAAGAGCCUAAGUAAGUUACCUAGAGGGUUUAAGCGAUGGCUUCAUUGUGUUCUAGAUUUACGAUAAAUUUGGCUCUCUUUGUCCUCAUAUUGGGGAGUGCCAAUGCACAACUUUCUACAAACUUCUACUCUAGUUCUUGUCCAAAACUCCUUUCCACCGUGAAAUCCACAGUAGAAUCCGCCAUAUCAAAGGAGGCCCGCAUGGGUGCUUCUCUCCUCCGCUUGUUCUUCCAUGAUUGCUUCGUCAAUGGAUGUGAUGGUUCAAUUCUACUUGAUGACACAUCAAGCUUCACAGGAGAGAAGAAUGCAAACCCCAACAGGAACUCUGCUCGUGGAUUCGAUGUCAUUGACAACAUCAAAUCAGCCGUAGAGAAAGUGUGCCCAGGAGUUGUUUCCUGUGCUGAUAUCCUUGCCAUCACUGCCAGAGACUCCGUUGAGAUUCUAGCAGGACCUACUUGGAAUGUGAAACUUGGAAGAAGAGACUCUAAGACAGCUAGCCAGUCUGCUGCAAACAAUGGUAUCCCAGCACCCACUUCUAGCCUCAACCAACUCAUAUCAAGGUUCAGCGCUCUUGGACUUUCCACCAAGGACUUGGUUGCAUUGUCUGGUGGUCAUACAAUUGGACAAGCAAGGUGCACCAACUUCAGAGCACGCAUAUACAAUGAGACCAACAUAGAUAGCUCGUUUGCAAGCACAAGAAAAUCAAGCUGCCCCAGGGCCUCAGGGUCAGGGGACAACAAUCUUGCACCCCUUGAUCUCCAAACUCCCACAUCGUUCGACAACAACUACUUCAAGAACUUAGUUCAAAAGAAAGGUCUGCUCCACUCUGACCAGCAACUAUUUAAUGGUGGGUCCACCGACUCCAUUGUGAGUGGCUAUAGCACAAAGCCAAGCUCGUUUUCAUCUGAUUUUGUAAGCGCCAUGAUCAAGAUGGGAGAUAUCAGUCCUCUCACUGGCUCCAAUGGAGAGAUCAGAAAGAAUUGUAGAAGGGCCAACUAAGUCUGAAUAAGGGUCCUACACAUUUAUAAAUAUUGUGAUUGUGAUAUGUUUAUAAUAGGGUUUAGUAAUUCUGCUUUUGCUAUGCAACAAAUUUUCUCUACCACACUUGAUAAUAAAAUACUUUUUUUGUUUUUGAGACUCACUCGUUUUUAUACAAGUGUGGCGGAGAUAUUUUAUUUGCAAUUAAAGCAAAAGGAUUGAACUCUUUAUAAUAAGGUGUUAAAACUUGUUUUCACUUGCUUGGUAGUGGGUCCCUCAUCCUUUUUAUUGUGCUUUCUUUUACUUCUUUUUUUUCCCCUUUACAAUAUUGUACCAAAGAAGGAAGAUUGGUUUGAUGAUCUACAAGUUCGCUCGCCAUUUUCCUUAAUAAUGCUCCAUUCGGAUUCUGUUUUUGUUA